GAAUGAAUGAAUGAAUAGGUUCAAUGCAACAUUUAGGUAAAACCACGUUACUGAAAUUACCCGUAAGCAUUUGAACCAGGGAAAUUUUGAAAUUUGUAAUGGUUUGUUUUUUCGAAUACAGCCACUCUGUAAUUAGACGUUCCAAAAUUACAUUUGCUGAUGCAGCUGUAGCAUUCGGUACACCUCGGUAGAUUCCGGCACCUUUAAUCGAACGUUUUAUAAAGGGUACUUAAUCUGCCGAGAUUUGCCGAAUGGGAGCAAUACUUCUUGUAAAUUCACCGCCAUAUGUCGUGAUAAUUCACCUUUACUAAUUCUAUUCACCCUUGAUGUAUUCUGCAUUUUUACAUUUUGAAUUUUGUUAUAAAAAUGGUAAAUGCCAAUAUAACUGUAAUCAGUCGUAAGGAGUGAAGAGGGCCUUAUUAAUAGCACAUUAACAAAUGCGCACACCAGAAAGAUAUUUUGAGAAUAUUAUUAAAAAUGGACUGAUGAACACUCACCACGAUAAAUAGAAGUUAAAAUGUCAUGAAGACAAAAGCAAAAUGUAAGCUGAAAGAAAGAUAGAAAUAGAAUAAGUUAACCAAAAAAGAAUACAAUUCAAAAUGUACGGUAUUCCAAUUAAGGUCCCUCCAAAAAGGGGGAGCAAUGACAAGGAUAUAAUUAUAAUUCAGCUAUAUCAACAUAUGCAAACAGUACAGUACAAGAAUAGAAUAAAAUUAUAUAGAAUAAUGGUGGUAAUCACCUCCCAUAAUAUUGAACAUUUAAAUUUGAAGACUGUCAAGUUAGUACAUAUUGUCACAUUAUCUAUUGAAUUCCAAUAAUUGCCUUCAAAUUAACUAUUUGUACAGUAGACUGUUUCCCUGUCCUUUAUUUGUUUGGCUCAGAUACCCGUAUGUUGUAAGGGAGAGAACCAGGCUAGUUGUACAGAUUUUGUCAUCCGGGUCCACAACUGAAUAAAACUUUGACAAAAUUUCGACUAAAGUAGUUUCUUUCGUACUAAUAAGGAAUACUUUAUAAGUGUUCGAGAAUAUAAUAACAAAUGUCCGAAUCAAAGUCAAAGAAAAGAGAGAAAGCAUCAGAUGCUAUAUUCAGUGGGACUGUUAAUUCUUCAGACUUUGAGAAUCCAGAUCUUCAUAAUGAAGUUAAAAAUAUAUUUGAAAGGAAAGACCUUCAACCUUUGUUUAAACAGUUAGUGAAGGUUGGUGUCUCGGAGGCACUCCAAGAACAUGAUGCCAGAGUAAAAAGAUUAGAAAAUGAAAUUGGCGACAAAAAUUUGGAGAUCAGAGAAUUACUACACAAAAAGUCGAUUUUAGAAGUUGAACUUGGAGCUUUAAAAGGUAACAUUGAAGAUAACCGGCAUAAAAUACAAAGUAAGAUUGAUAGAUUAAAGAAAGAAAUUGAUGAAAAGAAAAAAGAGGUGACAUCCCUAAAUCAAGAGUUGAAGAGAGAGAAAAAGUCGUCCGAAGAAAGAGAUACCAAGGUGGCACAAUUGGAGAAGGAAAAAGAUCAAUUAAAAGCAGCGAAGCAACAAGCUCUUUCGCAAAGAAACGUUGCAAUAAAAAAACUAAACGACCUUAAACAGAAGUGAGAGCAGAUACAAGUGAUUUGACAUAAAAUCAUCUCUCAAUCUAGUAUAGUUCAUCACGAAUGUGGAUUAAUGUAAACGGCCCUUUAUAGCUUGCUGUUCGGUGUGAGCCAAGGCUCCGUGUUAAAGGCCGUACUUUGACCUAUAAUUGUUUACUUUUUACACAUUGUGACUUGGAUGGAGAGUUGUCUCGUUGGCACUCAUACCACAUCUUCUUAUUUCUAUCUUUGAUUAUUUCUCAUUAUGCUUAUAAUAAUUUGUUGUAGAGCUGUUUGAGGGCAAUUCGUCAAUAUUAUCAAAUCAAUAGUUGUCACUUUUACUUUAAACUUGAGAACAUUAACUUAAAUCGUCCAUUCACUACUAUUUUCCAAGGGUUUGAAUGUCAUUGUGCAAAAAUUUAAGAUUUGUUUAACAAUUGUCACCUUUUUUGGCAACAUUUGUAUGGAGGAACUCAAAGAAUGCAUCCUUUUGAAUGUGUCAUACACAACCUUGUUCUGGCUUACAAAUUACUUAUUUCAUUUACUUUGAUAUUAUAUGUUAAUCAAUUAAAUCAAAACUAAUCAUGUUAUAUACUUUGUUUAACCAAUUUUUGAUUUACUUUUAUAUUAUGCUUGAAUUAUUCUGCUCAUUUUGUGCGCCGUGAUUGGCAAAUAAAGUAUUUGUUUGUU